AUGAGCGAGGCUUUCCUCGAGCUUGGUCGGCGUCCGCCAACAGCCGAAUCUUUGGCCUCCUCUUCGCAGUAUCACCAGAAGCCGAAGCUCCUCACCCUUGGCGGAGAUCACAGUAUAGCGCUCCCGGCCCUGCGCGCACUUAAGAAAGUGUAUGGUCAGCCAAUCGCCGUGGUCCAUUUUGACGCCCACCUCGAUACAUGGCAUCCUGCAAAGUAUCCUUCAUCAUGGAUGGAUCCUUCCGACAGCUCGACGCAAUCGUUCUUCAACCACGGUAGCAUGUUCUGGAUUGCCGCUACCGAAGGCUUGAUAGCAAACGGAUCUUCAGUGCACGCUGGCCUUCGAACCCGUCUGUCUGGCGACGACGCUGCCGACUUCCAUGAUGACUCGGCGCAAGGCUGGGUCCGCAUCUCCACAGACGACAUUGAUGACAUGGGCACCAAAGGCAUCAUCAGCACUAUCAUGGAGCGUGUCGGCACAGAGGUCCCCGUAUACUUGAGCAUUGAUAUCGAUGUGAUUGACCCCGGACUUGCUCCCGGGACAGGUACGCCUGAGCCAGGCGGCUGGACAACACGAGAGUUGAUACGGAUCCUGCGCGGUAUAGAAGAUCUAAAUGUGGUUGGCGCGGAUAUCGUUGAGGUGAGCCCAGCUUACGAUGGCGGCUCGGAGGUUACCGCACUUGCGGCAGCGCAGAUCGGAUUUGAGAUAUUAACAAGCAUGGUGAAGCGGGGCUUGAUGGAGCAGGGGAAGACUGCAUCAGAUGGUUCGGAUAACACGCUCCGCGAUGAGUUGUGA